AAUAAUUGAGAGGUUUCAACAAGCUGGUUAACACCACCAAUUAUUUUUAAAGAAAACACAACUACCACAACAUAGGUGGGCGAGCAUUUAGAGCAGAGCAAGGAUGGUCACAUUGCCAAUUGAUUAUACAACAUACUGACAAAAGAUUUGCGUCAGGCAUUUCACAUGGGACCAUUAUGUUUUUCCUUGUUUGUACAUUGUAACACCCCAUGGUCAUAGUUAAUAUGAAGUUCUCAACCAAAAUCAGCUGCCAAAUAUUAAUGUUAGUUAUUGCUCAUUGCUGAAGCCUCUGCACUUGAAAAAAAAAAUCUAUCUUUCUGCAUCAACAUUUUCUUCUGUUUCAAGAAGUAAGAAGAAGAUGAUGUGAAUAAGGUUUAUGCAGUCUUUUUAAGGUUGUUGAAUAUUUGUCAAGAUGGGGAAUUUGGAAGGAGCAUCGUUUUCUGAAACACCCACAUGGGCAGUAGCGACGGUAGUUACUGUUUUGGUGAGCAUUGGUUUCUUGAUCCAUGGCAGUUUGAAGAAGUUUGGAAAUUGGUUGCAUAGGACUAAGAGGAAACCUCUUUAUGCUGCGCUAGAGAAAAUCAAAGAAGAGCUUAUGGUUUUUGGACUGCUAUCACUGUUGAUGGGUCAUUGGAUCAUUUAUAUUGCAAAGAUUUGUGUUAAAUCGUCAGCCGUGAGCAGCCACUUUUAUCAAUGUUUGCCGCCAAGAAACAAGAGGGAGUCAGCAAUUGUGAAAUUUGUUUUAUCAGGUUCUUUGUACUCGAAUUUCUCAACUUCAAGGAUGCUGUUAAGCAGCGGAAAUGAAGAUUUUUGUCCUGAGGGCCUCCAAUCGUUUGCUUCAAAGGAGAGCCUAGAGCAGCUGCAUCGUUUUUUGCUUGUCCUUGGUGUUAGCCAUGUAUCUUAUAGCUUUUUCGCGAUUGCCCUAGCAAUGAUCAAGAUAUAUAGCUGGAGAACAUGGGAAAACACUGCCAAGUCAAUGGCUCUUCAAAGACUGGAAGGUUCUGAAGAAGCUGUUCCAAACAACACUAGAAUGGGGCGUCUAUCAACUUUUACGUUUCACCACACCGCUCACCCAUGGAGCCAGCAUAGAGCUCUUGUUUGGCUGCUUUGUUUCAGCCGCCAGUUAUGGAGUUCUAUAAAUGAAGCUGACUACAUGGCUUUGCGCUUGGGUUUUAUUACUACUCAUCAGCUGCCUUUGACUUAUGAUUUCCAUAAGUAUAUGCUUCGAAGCAUGGAGGAAGAAUUUCGUGAUAUUGUUGGCAUUAGUGUUCCGCUAUGGAUUUUCGUCAUACUUUGUGUAUUUCUAAGCUUUCAUGGCACAAAUAUCUACUUUUGGAUCUCCUUCUUUCCAGCUAUUUUAAUCCUUCUGGUUGGUACCAAGCUUCAUCAUGUGGUGGUCAAGCUGGCAGUUGAAAUCAUGGACAGUAGUCCAUUGGAAGGAUUUCAUCAGUUUAACCUCAGAGAUGAGCUCUUCUGGUUUGGGAAGCCUAGGUUUCUGCUGCGGAUAAUACAAUUUAUAUCAUUCCAGAAUGCAUUUGAGAUGGCAACAUACAUAUGGUCACUGUGGGAAAUUAAGGGAUCUUCAUGUUUCACAGAAAACCACACAUUUCUCGUGAUUCGCUUGUCAUUUGGAGUUAUUUCUCAAUUCUGGUGUAGCUUUGUCACAUUUCCACUCUAUGUUAUCGUUGCUCAGAUGGGUUCGAGAUACAAGAAGACCAUUGUUUCAGAGAACGUUAGAAAGUCGCUACAUGGAUGGCGAUACAAGGUGAAAACCAAGCUAGAAGGUUCAGUUAUUUCUCCAGAAACAUUGUUAGCAACCACAUCAUUAGACUCCGUGGAGGAGGGUGAGGCAGAUCAAAUUCAUAGCAUUGAUACGAUCAGCACAGAGGUGUUUGAUGAGAGUGCCAUUUUGUCGGACCAACAAGUCCCUCUUGAACAACGUUACACGAAUGAAAUCUCAGAGUGUGAUGAGUUACAUAUUCCACUUUCUCCUCGAAAUUAAGGAGAGAUUUGAUCAGAAAUAUGAUGAUGGGCCAAAUAAUGAUGAGACAAUACAAGUUUCGCGCCUUAUACUACAGGAACCACAACCUUAGACCUAGUAAUAUUGUUCACCUUGCUGUUUUACAAAUUUGCCCAGAUAUAGAUGCAUCUAAUUUUGCUGUCCA